AUGGAUACUGACCCUUCCCUUGAAGCCUACUUCCAACAACUUCAAAAACCCCCAAAGCCGGUCACUUUCGACCCAAAACUCGAUCGUCGUUUCUUACAAAAAGCCCAACCCAAACCCCAACUAAAUGCCACCACUUUGAUACUGGGUUCCUUCAAUACCCAAAUGGGCUUUUCGGGUUCUAUAUCAGAUAAUGGAAUCAAGAUUUCUGAAGUUGUGCAACCUGGUCUUAAUAUUUCUUUUAGAUCAUUCAAGAAAAAAGAAAAGAAUGAAUCUUUAAAGAUUCCAUGGGUUUUUUUUACUGUUUCCUUUUCUACGUUGGCGUUCGAAAUGAUUGGGUAUAAUUUUACCCGAUCUUGGGCUCAUGCGAUUAUGUUCGUGGUGUUAGUGAAUCAUUUCCUGAAGAUUGAUCGUAAUCAGUCAUUAAUCAUGGUCAUUAGAAAAGGUGUGUAUUUGAGUUUUAGAAGAUUGAUUUGGUUUAAUACAACAAGAUUGGGAAUCAUGCUUGUAUUCACUCAAAUCUUGGCUAGAUUGUUUUUUGGAGAUAUCAAAGAUCGGUAUACGAGUUACAAGUAUUUCGUUAAGUUGGCGUUUAUGCCAUAUUCGUAUGAAUUAAUUUGGGUUGAAAAUUUAGAGAACAGGAUUUAUGGUUUUCUGUAUUCAUGGUACUUGUUGGAGAUGUUAGUUUCUUGGGUUUUUACUGUGCUUGCUAGUGUUGUCAUGGCGCAUCGUUAUAAUAGUGAUUGGGAAGUUAUCAAAGACGGGUUUCGUUUGCUGUCAUUAAGGAAGCGUCCUGCUAUCUUUCUCAAGUCUUUUGAGUAUAUCGUUUGGGGGUUCGUUGCUGCAAUGCUGACAGCAUUUCUUGGUGAGUUGUUUGCUUCCUUUAUCAAAUCUUUUGUGGAAGUUUACUUCAUGGUGGCAUGGAUCAUCUAUUACUUUGCUGUUAAGAAAAUGGAUGAGAACUCUAGAGGAGUACGUUUUGGUUAUAGAACAGAGCUUCAAGGCAUGCUGGCAGACCUUUGA